GCGGGGGGGCGGCGGGGUGGGGGCGGCCUGACGUGGGCGCGGGGCGGCCCGUGGGCCGGCGCCGCGGUGAUUUGCUGCGCGGCGCGGCGAGCGGCGGCGGCGGCGAUGAGAGCGGGCAGUGCGAACUGCCGGAGCAGCCGCCGGCCGCCAUAGUCGGCACACAAAGCUAGUCCCAGAUUUGAGCGACGGCGAGGCACCCUGAUGAGUGAGCCUCGGGAGCGCAAUGGAUUUGACUAAGAUGGGCAUGAUCCAGCUGCAGAACCCCUGCCACCCCACCGGGCUGCUGCACAAAGCCAACCAGAUGCGCCUGGCGGGGACGCUGUGCGACGUGGUCAUCAUGGUGGACAGCCAGGAGUUCCACGCGCACCGGACGGUGCUGGCCUGCACCAGCAAGAUGUUCGAGAUCCUCUUCCACCGCAACAGCCAGCAUUACACCCUGGACUUCCUCUCGCCAAAGACGUUCCAGCAGAUCCUGGAGUACGCCUACACUGCCACCCUGCAGGCCAAGGUCGAAGACUUGGAUGACCUGCUCUACGCCGCCGAGAUCCUGGAAAUCGAGUACCUGGAGGAGCAGUGCCUGAAGAUCCUGGAGACCAUCCAGGCCUCCGAGGACAACGACGCUGAGGUCGCCAUGGCCGACGGAGGCGCCGCCGCCGAGGACGAGGAGGAGAGGAAGUCGAGGUACAUCAAGGGCCUCUUCGUCUCCAAGCCCACUGGUGAGGAGAGCAGCUAUGCCGGUGUGGCCGGCCAGAGCCUGCCGGCAGCCACGGCAGAGCAGAGCCCCUCCGCCUCCGCUUCCUUCGGCCCCCUCUCUGCCAUGAGCCCCACCAAGGCAGCAGUGGACAGCUUGAUGACCAUCGGGCAGUCGCUGCUGCAGGGCGCCCCGCCGCCCGGUGCCCCCGAGGACUCACGCCCCACCGCCACCCGCCGCCCCCCCGGCCUCGCCGAGGUCAAAACCGAAGCGAUGCAGGUGGACGACACCUCCAGCCGCGACAGCCCCCGGGCAGCCGAACCCGGCGCAUCCGGCGGGGAGAAACCCGACGAGAAGGGCAAGGAAGGGCCCGGCACCCCGACCCGCAGCAGCGUCAUCACCAGCGCCCGUGAACUGCACUACGCCCGCGAGGAGGGUGCCGAGCCACCGCCUGAGCCCGGCCAGGGGCUGCCGCCGGCGCCAGAACCGUCCGCUGCUGCCCAGGGCGAGAAGCCCCUGGGCAUCUACUCCCUGCUGCCAAACCACAAGACUGAGCCGGUGCUCGGCGUGCCGCCCUCCGUGGCGUCCGCCCUGCACGUGCAGCCGGCCCUGGCCGUCUCUAUGGACUUCAGCGCCUAUGGGGGGCUGCUGCCCCAGGGCUUCAUCCAGCGGGAGCUGUUCAGCAAGCUGGGGGAGCUGGCGGCCGGCAUGAAGACGGAGAGCAGAGCCCUGGGCGAGCAGUGCAGCGUGUGCGGGGCAGAGCUGCCGGACAACGAGACCCUCGAGCAGCACAGGAAGCUGCACAGCGGGAUGAAGACUUACGGAUGCGAGCUGUGCGGGAAGCGGUUCCUGGACAGUUUGCGGCUGCGAAUGCACUUACUGGCUCACUCAGCGGGUGCCAAAGCCCUGGUCUGCGAUCAGUGCGGCGCCCAGUUCUCGAAGGAGGAUGCCCUGGAGACGCACAGGCAGACGCACACCGGUACGGACAUGGCCGUUUUCUGCCUGCUGUGCGGGAAGCGGUUCCAGACGCAGAGCGCCCUGCAGCAGCACAUGGAGGUGCACGCCGGGGUGCGCAGCUACAUCUGCAGCGAGUGCAACCGUACUUUCCCCAGCCACACCGCGCUCAAGAGGCACCUCCGCUCCCACACAGGCGACCACCCUUACGAGUGCGAGUUCUGCGGCAGCUGCUUCCGGGACGAGAGCACGCUGAAGGGCCACAAGCGCAUCCACACCGGCGAGAAGCCCUACGAGUGCAACGGCUGCGGCAAGAAGUUCAGCCUCAAGCACCAGCUGGAGACCCACUACCGGGUCCACACAGGCGAGAAGCCCUUCGAGUGCAAGCUGUGCCACCAGCGCUCCCGGGACUACUCGGCCAUGAUCAAACACCUGCGGACCCACAACGGCGCUUCCCCCUACCAGUGCACCAUUUGCCUGGAGUACUGCCCCAGCCUCUCCGCCAUGCAGAAGCACAUGAAGGGCCACAAGCCGGAGGAGAUCCCCACCGACUGGCGGAUAGAGAAGACCUAUCUCUACCUCUGCUACGUCUGAGGGAGGAGGCGCAGGGGCAGCGGGGCCGGAUGGCGGAGGACUGGGCAGAAAGGGGGAGGAAAAAAAAAAAAAACCCACCACCAAACCCGCAGCGUCCACGGCCUUGUUUGUUUUCGGUUCUCGCUCGUCGCUUCUCGCCCAGAGGAUCCCGUGGCUCGCGCCGGGGCGGGGGGAUGCACCGACCCCCGCCCCGGCCCCGGCCGCUCACGCGCCCACUGCUCUUGCGCCCGCGCUGUGGGGCGGCUCUUGCCCCUUGCAGCCCCCCAGGGACUUGGCACCGCCGGGAAGACGGCGGAGGAGCCACGCGCUUCCUCCAUCCUAAUUUCCGCUGUCCUCCAUCGCCGCGUUGGACCCCACCACAGAUGCCCUGAGCUCACGCGUGGGGCUCAGCCCCCACAUUCCGGGAGGGUUCCCACGCUCCCGGGCUGCAGCGAGCCGUAAGCGAUUCGGCGAGAGCGUCCCGGCGGGGGGAACGCUGGCCGGAGGAGGGUGUUUGGGGUAGGGAGCUGCCACCCUCCCCCUGACCAAAGACCUCUCUAUGCAUUUCCCCUCCUUCCCCGGGGGCGAGGGCAAAGCCCCCCCGCGGGGAGACGCGGCCGGUUUGGUGACGCACGGUCGAUGCCGGAGCCGGCACGGGUGCCGCCGGCGUGCGGUGUCGCUCCGAGUGGGGGGCGAUCCCCUUUUUUUUCUGCUAAUUUGGGGCGCCCGGAAGGUGCCGAGCGUGGUUUUUUGCCCAGCCCUCAGUCGCAGGAGCCCGCAAGCGAGGAGUGCCCGGUGGCAGGCGGCUUCGCUCGCCUUUUUUUUUUUUUUUUUGGCUUUUUGUUUGUUCGGUUUUCGGGGUUUGUUUUCGGUUUGGGUUUGGUUGGUUUUUUUGGAAUAUUUCCGCCUUUAGCACAUUUUACUUGAAAUUACCUCAGUUUUUUGUGACCUCAUGAGCUUUUAUUGAUUUGGGGAGGACGGGGGGCGGCGUGGCAGGGAAGGUGCGAGCCGCAUGCCCGGCAGUGGAGGGGCGGUGCGGCGGCGGCAGCAGCGUCCCCGCCGGCCUCCCGUUGUGCAUUAUCCUUACCAAAACUGGUAUUUUUUGCCCGGCCCCGCGGGGCCGGGGGUGUCGGUUCUGAAGCUACCUCUUGUGUUCGUUUUUGUUGUGUUUUCUCCUUCGCGGUUGCGGAAGCGGGCUCUGCGCUGUCCAUCCCGCGCGGCACUUGCGUCUGCAGCUUUGCUUUUUUUUUUUUUUUUUUUUUUUGUCGUCAUUUUGCUGCGUUUGGGUGAAAAGGGGGGGAAGGAGUCCGGGACAGUGUCUGGAUGCGGUUUGGAGGGAUGCUGAUGGCCCCUCUUGGUUUGGGGUGCCCGUCCCGGCAGAGCCCGUACCACCUCUCCCGGUGCCGAGCAGGGAUGCGUCUGCGGGACCAGCAUCCUCCCUCGCACCCCGGUCCGGCUUUGCACGCGCGCGCGCCCGCCGCUCCGCGUGCGGGACCUUUGCUGCUCCGCGCGGGGUGGACGCCGCUGUCGUACAAUCCCAGGACGUGACUGUGGAGAACGGCUCGUUUAACUGUUGUGCCUAAGAAGAAAAAAAAAAAUUAAAAAAAAAAUACUAAAAAAACAAACACAGUUCUUUCGUACGGAAAGUUGCUGCAAUUUCUGGCGCGUGCGCGGUAGCUCCCUGCGGCGCACCGGCGCACGCGGCCGAGCUCAUGUGGCUUUUUUUGCUUUAACCUCCCCUCCCGUCCCACCGUCCCCCUCCCUCCCUCCCUCCCUCCCUUAGUGCCGCAGCCUACCGGCUGCGACGGCGUUGGGAUCGGCGUCGGAGCGACGCCGCGGUGCCCCGGGCGCGCGUCCCUGCAUCUCUUUGCUGUGGCGCGGCGAGUCGCGGCGCAGCAGCCCCCGCCGCCCCUCCAUAUAUAUAUAUAUAUAUAUAUACGAGUAUAUAUAUGUGUAUCGUAUCGCAGUGAGGACCAAGCGCCCCGCGGGGCCCCGCGGCCCCGGGCUCCCUGUCCCCUUGGCUUGUCGUCGGUGUCGUGAGCGCCCGCCUGCCCGUCCCGUUGCUCUGUGUUGCCGCUCGUGGUUCGGGUCCGUCCGCUGUCCUCGUUCCGUCUACCUCAGCACCUCUCUGAGCCCGGGCGCAGAAGGUGCCCAAGUUCCCCUUUGGUUUUCUCAGAGUAUCUAUCGCCUCCUAUUUUUUGUACGACUUUUCUCCCUCUUCCCCUCGCCGUUCGCUCCCUUGCGGUUCUGCUUGCGAGUCCUCUCUGUCUUCUAGCCACAGAUGCCGUUAGCUAAAAGUUUCCUGAAAAAUAAAGAAAAAUAAAAAAAAACUAAUAAAAAAAAAAAACCCCAGUUGUGGUGUCUCCUAGUUGCAGCUCUCCGCAUCUGCCUUCGUCCUGUGUAGAUUCAGAUGCAUUUCUUUGUAAGACUUCAGUGUUUCUGACAGAGGAAAAAAAAAAAAAAAGACAAAAAAAAAAAAAAAGAAGAAUAUACUGCUGCAGGUUUUUUUCUCUCCAUGUGUCACUAAGUGAAGUUCGUGCCUUCUAUAGCAAAGAGAAUAUUUUUUACAUCCUACUAACGGUAGAUUUUUUUGUAGUGAACAUUUUUUGUAUUUUUAUUUAUAAGUCUCAUAAAGAAAAUAGCAAUGUUCAGUUGUAUACCUUGAAUCUGCAGUUAGGAAACAAAAAACAACCAAUAAAGUUAAUUCCGUUGUCUCGGC